UCGAGCGUGCCAUCGUCCGCCCAUUGCGGAUGCUCUUACGAUUCAGUAUUUUAAAAAUAAAAAAUAACGAGUGUAAAUCACAUCAAUGCACUUUCAUUUUAAGUUAGGUGGAUAGUGAAAACAAUACAUCAAAGAGUUGACUUAGUUGUUUCCAAUGUGUAGAACUAAGAUUUACUAUGGGAAAUCAGCAUUAAUUAUUUGGAAAAACAAAAUACACAUACGUAGAGAAGAACACAAUUAGGCCGGUUGUAAACAAAUGUUAAAACAAAACCCAUCUCUUUAAAUACAAAUCCAAUUUGUCAACACCAUGUUUUCAGCUAAAUAAUUUAGUUGCAAAGGCGAUACAAAAAAAAUUAAAUUAAAAUAAAGCGAGUGGGCUUCAAACACAGUCAUUUCUUUGACUACGACAUAUGUUGAUGAAGCCAAGGAAGAAAGAGAGAAACACACUGAUCCCUCAAAAAUAAUCUAAAUCUGAAUCUUGAUUCUUGACCAAAACCGAGGAACCCCCUUUAAGACCGAUCACCACCGUUCACGGCCAGCCACGUGGCGGCCUUGCAAGAAUCUUAAUUAAAAUCAUUGCCGGCGACCAUGAUCAUUAUAGCAUGUACUAUAAUAAUAGCAUAAUAACAAUAAUUAAUUACAUCAUUCAAAUUUUAAAUUCUUAGUAUAAAGUCGCAUAUAUAAGUCACCUAUGAAGGGUUUAGAAUUUGAGCAAGAACCAUAUUUGAAGAGUGAUGGGUGCUAACUGCUAAGAAAGGGACCUUUUCCUUCUGUCACUUCCUAGUUUCUCUCCCUUAUCUCUCUCUCUCUCACAAACAUUGCAAACUGAGAAAGGGAGAUGGGGAAUUGCCAAGCAGUAGAUGCAGCAGCAUUGGUGAUACAACAUCCUAGUGGGAAGCAGGAGAGGAUGUACUGGCCAAUCCCAGCCAGUGAAGUAAUGAAGACGAACCCGGGCCACUACGUGUCUCUCAUAAUCCCUCUACCAUCCCCCGACGAGGGUUCAGAUGAGCAGAGGACCGUUAGGUAUACACGUGUCAAGCUUCUCCGCCCGACUGAUACUCUAGUCCUGGGCAGAGCUUACCGGCUCGUCACUACUCAAGAGGUUGUGAAAGUGAUCAGAGCAAAGAAGCACGCACGAAGCAAGAGAAACCAGUCGGAAUCAGAUCAAAACACAGAGGCAAAUUUAGAGAAGGAUGUUACCAAUUCUGAGCACGAGGCGAGAGAAUCUUCAAUGUCCAAGAACAAUCAGGCAAGAAGAUCCGACAGACACAAACAAAGAUCAGGGUCGACAAAUCCUGCUGCAGGACGACCCAAAUCAUGGCAACCAUCUCUACAGAGCAUUUCUGAGUUCGGAAGCUAAAGUAAUAAUCCAAAUAAGAUGACAAAGGACACAUUUCUGCAGAUGCCGUCAAAGAUGACAUCUUGAAAACUGAAAACAAUUGUGGAGCAAUAAUCCAUUUGUAUAGCUAAAAGAUACUGUUGAAGUAGAGCCUCUUUCUUGACUAGUACAGUUUAAGUAGCAAACAAUUUCAACAUCCCGAUUCA